UCAUAAUGGGCAGACAUGAUAAUGUGAGUGACUAGUUGUUGGUUAUCAAAUGUACGAAGUAUUUCUCAUAGUAUAUAUACUCGCACGUGUUAGUUAAAGCAUUCGUAAUGCGCAAGUCGUUUAAUAAAUAUGCGAUUUGUAUUAUCAUUGUGUCCUUGCCGCGUAGGUGGGCGAUUAUCGCAAUAAGUAGGACAAUUUUGACAGGGAAACUUGGUUAGUUGAAAUCAAGAAAAGCAGAAGAAUACCCUUUUUAUGACAGUUAAUAAUAUGAAAAGUUUGGAAGAGGAAGGAUGUGUAAAGGCAGGUUUCUGAUGAACGUGAGAGUAGACAAAAUAUAAGUCGAAAAAAUGAGCUGGUUACGAAGUAGCCCACUAAGAACUAGUUUUAGUAAGCAGCGUUCAAGAGACUCUCCACCAAAAGACGCCGAUCCAUCAGCAUGUUAUGACAGCUUUUGUAAACAUUGGCAACAAGCUUACGAAAUCAUUUUACGUACAUCUUUACCCAAGGGAAUACGUAAUCAAGAUGAUGUUCUUGGAGUUGUUAAUCAUAUAGAUCAGAUGGUAACACUUUUAGUUUUAGAAUUACGAGAUUCUAACUUUUACAAUAAUUACCGUCAAUCUACAACAGCAACACAUUCUCCAUGUUUGGAAUACUUACUAAGUGAAAAUCUUCUUGUUAAACUUUAUGAUUGGAACAUACAUAGUGGAAGAUUUAAUAAUGCUGUGCGUUUGGAACAAUUAAAACUAUAUGAACUUUUGGUAUCACAUAGUGGUACUCUUCUUGCCCAUGAACCAGUUGCCAGACCAUUACUGCGAUUACUUGAAGAUUGUGCAAAUGAUAUUAUGCCAUUAGAAGUAGAAGAAAAAUUAGUAGUAUUAUUGAAUCAAUUAUGUGUAGCUUUAAUGCAAAAUUAAUAUUUAUUAAAUAUCAUGGUUUACACUUUUAGAUUUAUUAUUUUUACAUUGUUAAUACCAUAUGUACAUCGAGAAGGUGGAGUUGGACAGCAAGCACGUGAUUCCAUGUUACUUUGUAUGUCUCUUUCCAAAAAAAAUGACGAAGUUGGGCUAUAUAUUGCUGAUUAUUCUAAUAUAUGUCCUGUACUAGCUACAGGUCUCAGUGGAUUAUAUUCACUGUUGCCUAGAAAAUUGGAUAUUGAAACAGAUGAUUGGUACCGAUUAACGCCAGAUGAUGUUAAUGAUAUAUCAGCACUAAUGCACCUUAUGAAUUCUUUGGACUUCUGUAAUGCUGUCGCACAAGUUGCACAUCCUUUAGUACAAAAACAGUUAUUGGAAUUUUUAUAUCAUGGUUUCUUGGUUCCUGUGAUGGGGCCAGCUUUGUUGCAGGAUUCUGUUGGUUUGACCAUAGAACAGCUAGAUGCACAAGAACACUGGACAACAGUGGAUGAAUUAGUUGCAGCAACAGCUUAUUUUGAUUUAUUCCUUCGUUCUGUAACUGAACCGGGUCUUUUACGUUCACUUGUUAGAUUUUUACUUGAAGAUAAUUAUGAUGAAUGCAGAAUAUUGGAUAGUCUUAUUCAAAGGAUAUCUUCUAGAUCACGGUUGUGUAUAGUAACAUUGGGACUAUUUGAAACGUUAAUUAAUUUAAAUUGUGAAGACAUUAUGCUAGAAUUAUGUCUAGGUGCAUUGAGUCCUUGUUCUCAUGUAAUGCUGUCUCAACGCAGAAGGUUAAGAGAUAUAGAUCCCUUUGGACGUGCAGCUGAAAAGUUUUUAUCUUUAACACCAAGUUGUUGUUCACCACUUACAUCCAUAAAUUCGCAAUUUAAUUCUUUACCUAAUAGCACAACAUAUGAAAGACAUUCAAAUACUACAUCUGAAUCUUUGAAAUCAUUGCCAGCAUUAAUAAAUUAUGGUGUCAAAUUAUCAGAUAGUUUAUAUGGAAAUUAUCAUGCAUAUUUGUGUGAUGCUCGACAAAAAAUAAGAGCGUGCCGUAUUGCGUGUUCUAAUUGGUCUUAUCAAUAUAACGGAGAACUGCCAAAAGAUAGUACUACUAGCAGUGCAACUACUUUGAUAGAUGAUAAUACAUUAUUAGAUCAAUCUCAGAAGAAAACCGAAACAAUUAAAGCCUUGUCACUGGAAACAUUAAAGCAGUCAACAAUUCCUAAUGAAAUUAAUGAAAAUUCAUCAGUAGACAAUAUGUUAGUUAACAUUCAGUCUUUGUUAGGUGGAAAAGAUUUAAAUGUAGUAGAAAAAGAAGUGAAAACGGAGUCUCUUGCUACAACAGGAAUAGAGUUAUCAUUGGAGGAACAAGCAAAGUUGGAUGCAGAUAUAGCUGAAUUGUUAAGUGAAGAUAUUGGGAUAUCAGAAUCUGUUAAGGAAAUGUCAUUAAUUGAUAAAAAGGAACUUGACAGUAGUAUUGAAGAUUCAAAUACUGCCAUGAAUUCACUUUUAUCAUUAGGAGAGAGUAGCGGCUAUGAAAGUUUUGCAUUUAAAGGUUCAUCGCAGUCAACUCCGGAUAAUGAACCCAGCGAAGAUCGAAUAAGCGAACACGAAGAAAUAGAAAUUGAAUCAAACAAGGAACAAGGUAUAUUUCUUCAUAACAUCAUGGAGUCAAGUGUAAUCACACCAGAAGAAUUAACAGCAAAUAAACAAAGUAAAGAAAGUUAUCGUCAAGAUGUAUUUAACGGACAACCGAAUGUCGGUAUAUUUUUGGACGUUCUUUUGCGAAAACUCGAAUGUAUGACAAGUAAUAAUCUAUAUGUUAACUUACAUUUAACUGGUCUUAUCAGUAGACUAGCAAUAUAUCCUCAGCCUUUGUUACAGUCAUUUCUCUUGAAUCAUUCCCUGGUAUUUCAACCCAGUAUUAGAUCGCUUUUUCAGGUACUUGCAUCACUAAAACAUAAAAUAGAUCAGUUUCUUUCUCAACAUAAUAAUGUGGAUAUAUUGGUAGAACAAGCUCGACUAUUUCUAAUUAACCGCGAAGAUAAAUUAGUAAAUGCAAGAAAAAAUGCAUUAGAAGCUGCUGCCCACUCUGCACCUACUAAAAGAAAUUCUUUAAGUGGAGAACCAUUUUCAAGAGUAUUCAAACGAUGUGAAAGCAAAAGGUGGAGUUUGACGUCAUCUUUCACGCAAAUGCUUAGAAGAUCAAGUAGUAACUCUGGUCCCAGCAGUUCAAUCAAUACUGUCCAUCAAUCAGCUGGUAUGUCGGAAAAUCAAUUAGAAGCUAUUGGACAUAGUUCUGGAUACCGGUAUUAUACCAAAACGUCCUGGGAAUCGCCAAACGAAGUAAGUCCAGUACAAAAUGUGGUUUUAUGUGCAGUUGUAUUAGACGAAUGGCUAAAAGAAUUAGCUGCAAUUACACAGGAACAUGCCAUUAUGUCUCUUACAAGUGAUCUGGAGUUUAAAGUUUAA